AUGCAUGCAAUUCUUGGUUAUGUGAAAGGAGAAAGUAAUUUCACAGACGGGACUGAUAUCGAAUAUCUGCAGAUGUACGGGCUAGUUGGAUCAGAAGACGAAAUGAGUUUGGAAAAACCCUGUUAUGGCAUAUUUCCAGAAUUGGUUGACCGAGUGCCAUGCAGUGACAGCGAGUUCCAGGUGCACGUUUGUCGAUCAAACGCUCUGUACACUGAAAAUCUAGCUCUGCAUUAUGAAAAAACUAAUAAAAAAUGUCCAGCUCCGCCAAUCGGAUUCAACGAUUACAAAUCAAUUCGUGCAAUUGCUGCAGAAUACAGUGCUUCUGAAUACUGCAUCUAUAAGUUUGAAGAAGUAGAUUACGAAAGUGGGAUUUGGUUUAAUAAAUUUGAAGCUUUAUGUCAGAAGGUUAAUGGUAAUCUUUUGUCGGUAGGUAACAAGGAAGAAGAUGUUUUUUUACGUGAACUCUUGUUUCCAUCGUUUCAAAGUGAAAGAAAAAUGACCGGCAUAACGAGGAUACCGCUGGGUCUUAUUUAUUACAAUGGUGAAGUGUUUGAUUUUACGGAUGGUACUGGCGGAGAAUAUGUUGUUAAACAAGUUCUUAUGAAUAAUCCGAUGAGACUAAGCGACACAUAUGAUUCAAAUAGGGAUUACUAUCAGAUGGUACGAUGUGGUAAAGAACAUACUACAGCAGUCUGUAAGGUACCUCUGCCAUCUAGAGAGGUGAACAAUACCACAGCUUGCUUGCUCCCAAACUCUGAAGAAUAUUAUGCCUACUCAGCUUUGAUAAAUGUAGAUCAUGGAAAAGAGUUUUACUGUUUAUAUGACGCUGAAUUCUUGAAACCGAGAAGUAUGAAGGAAGCUGAACAAUUCUGUCAAAAUGAUUUUCAUGGUCAUCUGUUGUCAGUCGGAAAUCGAUAUGAGUUGAAUUUCUUAAGUAAUUACCUUUUUGAAAGUUAUGCAUCAAUGAAGACGUCUUCGAAACUUUACGAUGCUAGGCCAUUGGGUGUCUUAAGAACGGAGAAUGAAACUGCCUAUACGGAUAAAAUUACUGACGUUAAAUACACUCUUUAUAGAGAGGAAAAUGAGCUUAACGUACUGGAUUAUGAUGGCCAAUGUCUUAUUUUAGCUCGUCACUCUAAAAUGCAGAGAGAUCCUUUAAUUGCCUGGCCUGUAACUCUGUCUAUAUUUGGCUUACUAAUCAUAUGCUUCCGCUAUACACUCACCAAAAAAACACUUUUACAACCGGUCUACUAUAGGUGCUUCUCGGCCGUAUACUAUGCAUCUGUUCCAGAAGAAGGACUAAGAAAACGAGGAAGAUCAAAGUCUACGAUGGAUGACUUAACUUCGCGUGCGUCGCAAUAUACAACAACAGAAACGGAAUUUGAGACCGUAAACGAAGAAUUCUACACAGAUGAUAAGGAAAAUGGAUCUCGCAGCGAAAGAUCAAACGAAGACAUUUGA